AUGUCUUCAGUGCUCUUUUUGAAGAACAAAACAGUACCGAAAGACCCUUAUCACGAAUCUUUCCAAGAAUCUGGUUACGAUAUAACAUUCAUACCGUUAUUAGAUCACAUACAUGCUGAGCUCUCAGUCAUAGUAGACUACCUCAAAUCUUCAGAUUUCAUAGAAUAUACUUAUGCUUUGAUAAUAACCUCCCAAAGAGCUGUUGAAGCAUUGGAUGCUGCAUUGAAACUCAUUGAUCAACAUACACGAACCAGAAUUUUCAACAAACUAGCAUUUACGGUGGGUCCAGCUACUCACAAGAUCUUAUCAGAACUAGGGUUCAAGAACAUCGAAGGUGGUAUCGAUGCUGGAAAUGGUACAAUCCUCUCGGAAAUUAUAAUCAAUAGAUUAUCAAAAGAUCAAAGAGUCACUUUCUUCACAGGAGAGACAAGAAGAGACAUUAUUCCAAAAAGACUAACAUCUGAAGGAUUUGACCUGAAAGAGAUGGUGAUAUACAAAACGAUUGCAAAAGAAGGUAUCAUAGACAGAUUCACAGAAAGUUUUGAAGCUCAAAGAGCAAAUGACUCAACUAAAUGGAUCAUUUUCUUUAGUCCGCAAGGUACUCAAGAGAUUGUCACAUAUUUGAAAACUUUUCAACAUGAUUCAUCAUUUCAAAGUAAUUGCAAAAUUGCAUCAAUUGGUCCAACAACUGAAACUUAUCUUAUUGAAAAUGGAAUCAAACCACAUCUUGUGUCAUCUAAGCCAGAAGCCAAAACUUUACUCAAAGAUAUUCAAAGCUACAACAAUAUAUAG